AAAUAAAAAUAAAAUAAAAAAGAAAAAGAAAAAUUGGGCAAAAGCUCUCUCACCGAACAAUAAAACGACGCCGUUGCUUGCCUUUCCCCCAUUUCAACUGCAUCUGUUAUAUUUUUGGUUCUCACGUUACAUGCACACACUCAACCUCCUCCACCUUCCUAACUCUGCAAACUCACAAUUCACCCAAAUUUUUUCAAUUUCUUUAUGUAAAUUGUCAGUAUUUACUCAUUAGCUAUCAGAUCUUGCAGUUUGUGUACCGAAAAUGGCAGCAGUUUCUUCGAGCCCUCGAACUGUAGAGGAGAUCUAUAAAGAUUACAGCGCUCGUCGUGCUGGGAUCGUUCGUGCUCUAACUCAUGAUGUGGAUGAAUUUUACGCCCUCUGUGAUCCAGAGAAGGAGAAUCUUUGUUUGUAUGGACAUCCAAAUGAAACUUGGGAAGUAAAUCUUCCGGCGGAGGAAGUUCCACCUGAGCUCCCUGAGCCAGCGCUUGGGAUCAACUUCGCCAGGGAUGGGAUGAACCGAAGGGAUUGGCUCUCGCUAAUUGCUGUCCACAGUGAUUGCUGGCUGCUCUCCGUGGCAUUUUAUCUUGGGGCAAGGUUGAACCGCAAUGAAAGGAAGCGGCUUUUCAGCAUGAUGAAUGAGCUGCCAACUGUUUUUGAAGUGGUAACAGAGAGGAAACCUGUUAAAGACAAGCCAAACACUGAUAGUGGCAGCAAAUCUCGCAGCAGCACAAAGAGGUCAAACGAUGGGCAAGUCAAAAGCAAUCCGAAGCCGGCAGAGGAAAGUUACGAAGAAGAAAACGAAGAUGAACACAGUGAGACAUUGUGUGGCAGCUGUGGGGGGAAUUACAAUGCAGAUGAGUUCUGGAUAGGAUGUGACAUAUGUGAGAGGUGGUAUCACGGCAAGUGCGUGAAAAUAACGCCAGCUAAAGCCGAGAGCAUUAAGCAGUACAAGUGCCCUUCUUGCACAAAACGGGGCAGGCAGUAGCAGCUGCUAAAAGAUCUUUUACUCGACUGAGAAUCAGAAUAAUCUCUUUNUUUUUUUUUUUUUUUUUUUU